UAAGCUCCAAUUGGUGGCCUGCAUUUUGAUGUAUGAGAAGGAGGAGUUAUGUGAGAGGGCUGUGCUUAUCUGGGAGAUAUUAAGGUGCCCUACUGCUUGCUCCUUUCUCUGCUGCCCUGACUCUAGAGCAUCAUGUGGGGUUCCAUUCUGCUGCAGGUCUCUCUGCUCUGUUGCCUUGUGGGAUGCAGUCUUCAAGGAGGAACAGGAUCUGUACAGUCACCAGUAUCAUCACCUCUACCCGUGAAAGCAGGAGGGAGAUAUCCCCAGUUUGGGCCUCAGGGUUACCAGCAGGGCCCAGCAGGUGUUCGGAAUGGAUAUGAAGCGGGUUAUGGUGUAAAAGCUGGGAAACCAGGUUAUGGAAAUGGACGUUACCCAAGCAGCAUCCAACAGCAAGGAAUUGGGGCAAGACCUUCCAGAGCAGGUUAUGGAAAUGGAGCUUACCCAAGCAACAUCCAACAACAAGGAAUUGGAGGAAAACACCCCAAAGCAGGUUAUGGUCUACCAGCUGGUGGUUUGGCCAAUGUUGGAGUCCAACCUGGUUAUGGAAACGGUGCUGGUCUUUACCCAAGUGCCAUCCAACAGCAAGGAAUUGGAGGAAAGCCACCCAAAGCAGGGUAUGGUGCACCAGCUGGUGGUUUGCCCAAUGGUGGAGUCCAACCUGGUUAUGGAAACGGUGCUGGUCUAUACCCAAGUAACGUCCAACAGCCAGGAACUUUGGGAAAACCAUCCAAAGCAGGAUAUGGCUCACCAGCUGGAGUUCUGCCUGGUGUUGGGGUUCAACCUGGUUUCUUAAACGGAGCUAGACGUUUCCCUAGUAACAUCCAACAGCCAGGAUUUGGAUCAAAACCUUCCAAAGCAGGUUAUGGACCUGGGAAUUACCCACGAUUUGGAGCCCAAGCAGGCUAUGGAGCUAAGCAAUCCAAAGCAGGUCUUGGAACAAAGCCAUCUAAAGCAGGUGCCUACCAACAGCCCUACCCCAGUGGCAUUGGGUCAAAGGCUUCCAAAGCAGGAUACCCACAAGGAGUAGGAAAUUACCCAAGUAACAUCCCUCAGCAAGGUGCUUUCCAGCAGCCAUACCCCGGUGGUCCCCAGGAGUACGUUCAAGGAGCAGCUGGUUAUCCAAAUAACUACCCACAGCAAGGACUGGGGGCCAAGCCAUCUAAAGCAGGUGCUUAUCAACAGCCCUACCCUAAUGUUGCUGGAGGAUACCCACAAGCGGUAGGAAACUACCCAAGCAGCCUCCAACAGCAAGGUCUUGGGGCCAAGCCAUCUAAAACAGGUGCUUUCCAGCAGCCCUACCCUAAUGGUGCCUAUCAGCAGCCCUACCCCAAUGGUUUGAGCAAUUUUCUGGGCAAUGGAAAAGGACAAGGUGUCAAGUCUCCCUUUGCUUCUCUGGGUGCCCUAGGAAAAAGCUCCAAGCAAGGGGCCCUUGGCAAGUUUCCAUACAAGUCACAGCCCCUCCCUGCCGAUGCACUUGGAUAUGACUCGAAAUCUCUAAAAUCUGGUGGUGCUCAGUUGCCCUUUACUUCUCAGGCUGGUUACCCUGACCCUGCUUCCGUCAAAUAUGGAGGUGUGCCAGUUCCUUAUGGUCCACAGGGUGCCUACCCCGAUCCUUCAGCUAUCAAAUAUGGCGGUGUUCCUCAGUACCCUGAACCCGCAUCAUCUCCACUGGAAGAAGACCUGAGCCAAACUGUUCCAGUGGAAGUCCCAGAAGAACAGGCAGCUUAUAGAUUCUAUGGCACCGGAUACCAAGGCUGCGCUGAGUGCUGAGCUCUGAUGUCCUACACUUGUCCUGGGAUUGGAUUGUUUUUGUGGGUUGGGAUGUAUAUAGGGGAAAUGGUGGGGGAUGGA